GGCGGGACCGGAGCGGCCGCCGCGUCAGUGCUGUGCCGAGGUGGCUGGAAGCUGGCCAUGUUCUGAAGCGGUUCUCCCGGACUCGCCUCGGAUCCGCGCGGUGCAGCUCGCGGCUCUCGGUGGAGGAACCGUCCGCCCCGCGUCCCCCGCGCGGUGCUCGAAUCAUGGCAAGUCCAAGAACGAGGAAAGUUCUCAAGGAAGUCAGAGCACAAGAUGAGAACAAUGUCUGCUUUGAAUGCGGUGCGUUUAACCCCCAGUGGGUGAGUGUGACUUAUGGAAUCUGGAUCUGUCUGGAGUGCUCAGGAAAGCACCGAGGCCUGGGGGUCCACCUCAGUUUUGUGCGUUCUGUAACUAUGGACAAAUGGAAAGAUAUUGAGCUGGAGAAAAUGAAGGCUGGAGGUAACAGCAAAUUUCGAGAGUUUUUGGAGUCUCAGGAUGACUAUGAUCCCUGCUGGUCAAUGCAAGAGAAGUACAACAGCAAAGCUGCAGCUCUUUUUAGAGAUCAGGUUGCUACAGUAGCUGAGGGCAAGGAGUGGUCCCUUGAAACUUCUCCUGCCAGGAACUGGACACCACCUCAACCUAAAACGUCUCUCUCUUCCACCCAUCGUAGCUCUGCUGGACCUUCUCAGAACGCAACUGCCUCUUCUGACAAGGCUUUUGAAGACUGGUUAAAUGAUGAUGUCAACUCCUACCAAGGCGGCCAAGAGAAUCGCUACGUAGGGUUUGGAAAUACAGUAACCCCUCCAAAAAAAGAGGAUGACUUCCUGAAUAAUGCCAUGUCUUCGCUGUACUCUGGAUGGAGCAGUUUUACAACUGGAGCAAGCAAGAUUGCCUCGGCUGCUAAGGAGGGUGCUACCAGGUUUGGAUCUCAAGCAAGUCAAAAGGCGUCAGAGUUAGGUCAGACAUUAAAUGAAAAUGUUCUCAAACCUGCACAGGAAAAGGUGAAAGAGGGGAAAAUUUUCGAGGAGGUCACCGUGGGGGUAUCACAGUUGGCCAGCAAGGUUCAGGGAGUUGGGAGUAAGGGAUGGCGAGAUGUCACCACUUUCUUUUCUGGGAAACCAGAUGAUCAUUCUGAAAGACCAGCUGAGGGAGACAGCUACCAGAACAGUGGAGGGGAGGGCUACCAGAACAGUGCUGUAGAUCAAAGCUUCUGGGAGACCUUUGGCAACUCAGACCCACCCAAAGCUCAUAAAUCUCCAAGCAGUGAGAGCUGGACCUAUGUGGACAAUUCCACAGAGAAGAAGAGCUCCGAUAGCUGGGACGUGUGGGGCUCAGGAACAGUCUCCAACAACAAGAACAGUAACAGCGACAGUUGGGAAAACUGGGAAACCAACUGGGAAAACACAGGAGGGGAGAACAAGGCCAAAAAACCUCCUAAGGCAACAAAAAAGGCAUCUUCAGCUGAUGAUAAGUGGGAUGACUGGUAGAACUGUUAACCCUGUUUUGUGCAGCUAGGGAAGGGAGACCACGCUGGCUGAUGGAGAGGAGAAAGUUUUACACACAUCUGGAGUAUCUUGGUUGACCUUACUGAUGUGUUACUUUUUGUGCUUUUUCCAUUUGUUUUCCUUCUGCCCCAACUUAGGAAGAAAAAACAAGUAGUGUCUGAAUCUUUUAUUAUGCAAAGAUGAUUCUCUCAUCUUUAUGGAUAGUGAGAAAUAUAUGUUCUCCUUGCACUAUUGAGGCUGGGUACACUGACUUUAAGAGCAAUUUGAAAGACACAAGCACGUUUUAAUGCCAUACUCUUGCAUGUGUAAGCUCGUAGGUAUUCAUCCAGUCUUCAUAUAAUUUGAGAUGACCAGAGAUGUUUAACACAAAUAAAGAACAGGCUGUAUCUUGAAAAAGGCAGCCUUUCAACGAGCAAGCUGCACUUGAGUAGAUCCAGCUGAAAUGCCUUAUGGAUUGCUGUGACAGGACGAGGUCUGGCAAUUCAAACUGGUCUGUAAGAUACUUUUUAUUGGAGCUUUGUUUUUAAUCUUUGUGAGAUUUUUAGAUUUUCCAAGUUAUUUUCUCCCCUUAGGAUCAGGAUUCUAGAGGUAGAUGAUGAUUUGUUCCCACUCAUCAUUUGGGCAGCCUGAGCUAUCAAGGGAUGUUCAGAAUGGCUCCUUGUGCACUGUAAAUUCUUAACCCAUCAAGCAGGAGGAGCAGCUCUCCUACAUGGCUGUGAUGCAGUGCUGUGUAUCCUCCUUCCUUGCCUUUACCCUUCUCCCACUCUGAGUAUUUUGUAGGGUCUGUUUUGUUUUUUAAGUCUUUUUUCCUUAUAUCUAUCUACGUUAUCUAUACUGACAAAAAUGAGAUCUUCCUGCUGUUCAUGGCCUUCUGGACAUCUGUUUGGCAACUAAGCAGCAAAAUGAGUUAGGAAGAAAAAAAGAAAAGAUUCCAGUAAGAAAAAAAGCAUGGAAAAUAUGAGUACAUCAAGGAGAGAGUCUGGCAGCGAGCGCCUUCCAGGAUGAGUAGAUGUCUAUGUUUAAUAGUAAAACUUAGAUUAAGCAGAUGUUUUCCAAAUUAAUCUUUAAUAUGUCAAACUGUAUCUCUCUGUCAUGUACUUCUCCACGUUUUCUUCCUGGAUCCUGUUAGAGGAAUAUAAUUUUGGAAGCUUCAGGAACUCCUUGUCAGCAUUAAGGAAUGGGAUAGAAGGUCCAGUUCUGUCUCAGUCUUAACCCCCAAAGGUGCUUCUCAUUGCAUGAACCAUAAUGUAUACAAAAGACCUGUGAUCUUUUAACAGAUUUUUGUAUUUUUUGUUUGUAUUUUAGGUGGUGGAUCAUAAAUGUACACUGCCUGAAAACAAUCGAACUUUAAUUCAUGACAUCAUUACAUAGUUUGCUUUGGCAGCAGCAUGGAGUUCUGUACUGUGGACCCUGCAGAUCUUAAUCCCUAUCCAAAAAGCCUUUUAUUUCUAAAAGUAGUGAAUUGUUUGAGCAACAGUGGGUCAACACCUGGAUCUUGAUCGGGUCAAGCUACUGAAGUUACCUCAAAUGUUUUUAUUUUGUGUUUGGUUUUUUUUUCCCCCCUCAUCAAGGAGGAAAAAAGCUCAUCACAGACUUUUUCCAGACUGUAGUGAUAUUGAUAAGUCAAAAAAUUAUAUCCAGCAGCUAAAAAGCAAAGGGGGAAAAAGGAAGGAGCCUACAAAUCACUCCCAAAUGUAGCAGAUAUUAAAGGCUUACAAUCUUUGCAAAUACCAUACAGGUAUUUGUCCUGAUUCUGUAUUAUUUUUAGCAUGACUUUUCAGAUAACGAACAAAAUAUUUCCCCAGCCUUCUCUAGCCCCGUCCUGCAACGGUUGCAUUUCUUUUUUUCUUUUUCCCCUUUGCUUCUGCUGAGGCAAUGCUCCGAAGCUCACGCAGUGUGUGGUGCUGCUCAGCACCCAGGUCUGGGCUGAGCCAUGCCUGCUUCCCCUUGGGGGGUGGUGAGAACAGGACAGAUCUCGGUUUGCAGCGCUGCUGUUGCUGCUAUUGACAGAUGGUUACAGCCUUGCCUGUGGGAUUUUGUUCUACUUCUCCUCUUCCAGGUAUACUUCUGUUAUCACUUAGUUGCAUGUCAAGCAGAACUCUGUCUCUUUAUUCAUUUACCUCUGUUGCCUGCUUGUCACUUGUCUGUGGUGCAGUACGUGGCUGUGAUGCACAUCCUUGAGGGCCACACACUGCAGUGUAUGUGAAGGAGCCCCUGCUGUGUCCCCAACUGAUGGUCAGUCCUUGUGACAUCCUGCAGCAGUGUUAGCAAAGUGCAUCUGCUGCACUGCAUUGCUGGUGUCUGUCUGGAGUGAUGCAGAGCUGAAUCAGCCUCCUCUGGACAAACUCGGUGUGGUUUCUUUUCAUAAAGCUCCUGAAAUAGCUGGUAGUGGGAUAAACUUUAUUUUAGUGUUUUCAGUCAGCAGUGGUGUGACGUUUGCAUACAUUCUCAGCUGUGUGCUUUGCCUAGGAGAAAACUGGUUUAUUUAUAUCUCUCUUGUAGCUAUGAUUGGAAUGAACCUUUUGUUUGCUUUUCUGGUUUUAAUUCUGCAUUUUUGAGAUUGUAUUUCGUACAUUCAUGUAAAUGGCCAGAGCCCUCUAAGGUUUUGGGGCAUUAAUUUUUCUUCCAGUUCAGGUGACAACAACAGAGCAGUAUCUCUCUUGAUACAGUACCCAGAAAGGUGUUACUGGAAGAAACUAAAAGCCAACAUCAUGGCAGAAAGUGGAACAGCAACCACAGAUCUCACGUGCUGACUGGCUUUGGUUUGAUGGACAGAUUGGUAUUUUUUUAGGGACUUGUUUGAAUCUGUGCAUUUUGUCAUGUCUUCCAAAGGAGAGAGGAUGAAAUGAGAACACUUUCUAUUGUGCAGCUCCAGUUUUAUUGGACUCCUUGUUUAAGAGUGUAUUCAGAAGCUUGUGCUGUUUGAAGUUAUUGUGUGUAGAGGGAAUGUUUAUUAACAUUCCCCUCCUUUCCUCAAUUCCUCUUCUUUUUUUUCCCCACUCCUGAUCAUGAGCCUUUUUGAUAGGUGAACAUCACUUUCCUUUCAAUCCCACAUCAGUUAUUAGCAGUUCUGAGUCAUGCAAGCAAACUGCCAGGGGUGUUUCAGCGGUGGCUGAAAUUGCAGCUGGACCAACCAGACAUUGCAGUGAUGGAUAGCAGUUUCCUUUGCACAGCUUUAAUUUUGGAAGGCACAGAGCAGUUGGAUUCCACCAGGUAGCCUGAAAUCAGAGAAACAUUGAGAUGUUCAGGCUGAGUGCUGCUUCCAAAGAGAGCGUUCCCAGGCAGAAAGUGAGGCUCAUUGUAGAGUUGGGGAUUGCUUUCAAACAUUUCACUUGUGUUUUGGUGCCUCCUAACAAUCACUGUGUGUUCAAGAAGUGCUUGGCCAGCUAUUCCUGGUGCUGAGACCUGAAGGGUAAUGCUUCUUUUGUUUUCCCAGGCAGACAUGUAACAUUCCAUGGGUUCAUCAUGUAUUUAUGAGUGUGAUGAUCUGUGCAAUAACUUAAGUGUAGGUAAAACGUUUCUUGUUUAAUCCAGGAUACAUUUAAAGAUACAGUGGUCUUUGGAAAUAGCUGACAGCCAACCAAGGUAUUUCAGUUCUCCCUCUACUUUGGCAAUUCUAAAUUCUAUUAAUGAUGGAUUGAGCAAUCAGUGACUUAAACAGAAAUCAAGAAACACGAUGAUGCACAUCAUUAGAGUUUGAUUGUAACGGUUCACGGUGAUCUCUCAUUGUAGAGCCAUUUUUCAUUAUUGAGGCCAGCAGAAACCUGGUCAGUCUGGAAUGCUGUAUCUUUAAUUUUCCUGACGUGUUUCAUGUGAAGUUCACAGGAAUGGCAAUUUCAGUGAACGCUAUUCAUUGUUCUGUAGAGUGAUACCAGACUUGAACUGCAGUGUCAUCUUUUAAAGAGCAUUCUAAUAAAGCAAAGAGCUAUGGA